ACUUUCUGAUUACAUUUUAAAGCGACCGAGCAUGCGCCCCUCUCGCUCAGAAAUGGUACGUGCCGGAUUCUGCGUCAGCCUUUGUUUACAAAUCAACCCUUUAGCUGUUUCUGUCGGGCAGCGUGGCGGACGCCGGCUAAACGGUCCCAUCUAUUUGAAUAAAAACAACCAUCACGACUGGAUAUUUGUUAUCUGAAGCUAUAUUAAAAAUGCCCUGUCGAAAGGAGAACUAUAUAUUUUUGGAACAGUCAGUAACGGUGGAUUCUAAGGAAGUAGACGCGCUCGUGUCGAAAAUCGGCGAGGCGCUGCAGCUUCACAACAAUAGCUCCAGCCAGAAGGCGAUGUCACGUCUACACGGUCUCGCGAGCAGCAGACCUAACGUUAACGGCGGCAGCAACAACGGCAGCAGCGCGGCGGGCGCUCAGCGGUGCAUCCGUCUCCGCAGCCGGAGUUUACGUACCAGCCGGGCCAGUCCGUACAACCCACCCGGAUCCAGCGAUCAGGAAUGGGGCCAUUUCAGAUCCUCGUGGAACCGAAAGAAAAUCGACGAGGACGAUCCGCACCAGCUCCUCCAGGAGCUCAUAUUGUCGGGGAAUCUGAUCAAGGAAGCGGUCAGACGACUUCAGUUUUCCUCGGAACCAACGGAGCACGACAUAUCCACAUCUGUAGACUGACUUGAACAAGUGAGCUCCUGACGUUUUCAGAGCUCAUUGUCAUACGUUGGUUUUACAAACUUUGAAAUCACACCCUUUUGAUUUUUCUAUUGUAUAUUGCUGAGAUGGAAACGUUAUGUAUUUGGACUCUUCUGGACUCUUUUCAACGUGACCCUACCUUAUUCACCCAUUUUUAAAUCUCAGUGUUCGGAUUGAAAUGCAAAUGUGAUGCAAAAAAUCUUGUGGUUUAUAGCAAUGCAUUUUAUUAUAGUAUUAACUAGCCUCUGGUUGGUUUGUCCUAGAAUGGUGCAUCAUGUUUUGGUUUGCUGGAGUUCAGCACUGUGUGUCAGUAGCAAACAAGAAAUGCUCAACUGCUUUGUUUACAAUGUAGAUGUGCUCGGGCUGCUGGUUUGCAGUCCUUGCCUAGAUCAGGCUACGAGUCACACUUUUUGUUUAACUAUGUUUGGAUACCGAGAUAUCACUAUUUUGAUUUCAAACUGGCCCUGUGUGCAGGGCCCUUGUUCUCUGUCUCUUUGAUUUCCAUGCGAGGAGCAAGGCCAACACUCCUUCUCGAAGAGAAAAUCAGAUCAAACUCACAUGUGUGUGGGUAAAUGUGUUAUACAAGGGGGAUGUGAACACAACACAAUGACACCGUGGUGCUUUUUGAUUCCAGUGUGGAGUUCUCAUGUUUUUUUCCCCCACUCUGUGUAAACUGCGUAUGCUUCGCAACGAAGUGUUUUUAAUAACUCUGAUUGUUCAGAGAGUUUGGUGUCUAAUAAACAUGGUGUUUUGGCAU